CCCACCCCACCCGUCCCCGACCGGCGCCACGCCACCAUCCCCGACGGGCGCAGCCUCAGCCGCAGGUCGCAGCAGCAGCGCACAGAGUUCGGCAGCAGCAGAGAGCAAAGGGCGUCGCAGCUCUCAGUCGCAGAAGCUUGCCGGCGACGCAGCUCGCCGUCACACAAGUCAAUUUAUAAGGCAACUGAGGAAGUUCAACAUCUAAAAAAGUUGAUACAAGACUAUAUUGCUUCUUUCAUCAAAGUAGGAGAUAAGAUCGAUUUGUAUCCAUCUAGUGUUGAUACUAAGCUUCAAUGGAUCCGUCUAUCAUGAAGCUCCUUGAAGAAGACGAGGAUGAAACAAUGCAUUCGGGGGCAGAUGUGGAGGCAUUCACUGCUGCCCUAAACAGGGAUAUCGGUGGAGAUAAUUCACAAUCUCAGCCUUCGGAUUCCGAUAGCGUACCAUUGUCUCAAGGAAGCAGUUAUACCUCAAAUCAGUUUGCCCCAUGGCAAACUGCUAACCAUGACGAAAAUGCCAGUCGUUGUAGCCUUCAAGAUUCAGAGACCAUGCAGCCAAAGGAGGAAAAUUUGUCUGAUAUGCAGUUGAAGAGACUUGAUACAGAUUCUCAGAAUCAGCAGCAAAAAAAUGAUUCAUCACAGGAGAUCAAUUCCCUUCCUUUGCAGCAUAUAUCCCAGGACAGUUAUCAAACCACAGAGGUUGAACAGGACACACUUCAUUCUUCUAGAGCAGUGAAUAUGCAGAAUCCUGAAAAGAAUACGCAAAAUCCAGAAUCUCCACAUCUAAAUUUACAGGGAGCAAAUAAUCUACAAUCCAUGCAGUCUUUGACAACAGGAACUAGUGGUCUGCCACGUGUGGCAACAAUGGCAGGUAAUCAGUCAGAAUCUGCAACUGGGUCGAGCAGCCAAGCAGCAAUGAAUAUAGCUAAACAGGGAAAACAAGUUCCUUUUGCCAUGCUUUUUCCUCACAUACAACCCCAACUUGAUAAGGACAGGGCAGCGCAACUCCAGACACUUUACGUUAAACUCAAAAAAAAUGAAAUUUCCAAGGAAAGUUUUGUAAGGAACAUGAGAAGUAUAAUUGGUGACCAGAUGCUCAAAAUGGCUGUAUAUAAAUUUCAAUCUCAGGCAUCGAAAAACUCACAGUCUGUUCCCGGUCAAUUUCCUCAGUCUCAGGCUUCACAGCAGCAACAUUCGCUUAUGCCAGCCGAUGAUUCUAGCAAUAUGGCAAUUGAGAGUAAAGCUCAAAAGUUGCACGAGGUGGAAAACCAAGCCGAUCUGCGUGGAGCCCAAGGAAGCCAGAUGCCUUCUUCUAGUUUGACUGCUGUAAAACAAGAAAGGGAUCACACACCAUUUCCAAUUCAGGGACUUAACAGACAACUGCAACAACAUUUACACUUCUCGCAGGUAUCUUUUCCCACAUUUGCAAAUGCAGACAAUUACAGUGCAUAUUCUGCAUCUAAUGUCAACUCUUCAACAACACAACCUCUUAAACAGCAAUCUGAUGAUGCACAAAUGAGACAAAUUUCAGUUCAACAGAACAGAAAUGCAACUCAGUUUGGAGUGCCAACACAAGCCAUGGGAAUAAUGAGUGCCCCUAAGUUUGAAAAGCAAAACACUUUUGGCGAAGCCAAAAGAUUACCUGGUGGGGGUCUUAAUAUUUCAAGUACUUCAAGAAUUCAUCAGACCUCAGUUCAGUGGCAACCCUCUGCCAAUAAAGAGCAGAAAAGUAUUCUUUCAUCACCAAUGACCAAUCCAAAGCCUGAACCAAUUGAUCAUUUCCAUGACCAGCUACAAAGAUCCCAGUUAUCGCCCUUCUCCUCUGUUCAAGUGGAUCAAGGAAAUUCCACUUCGGAAAGUUCAAGGGAUGAAUCUAUUGAACAGACCUCCAGAAUUGGUUUAUCAUCAACGACUAGCAUGAAACCUUCAAAUUCAGCCUCGUCUUCCAUGUCAUCUCAUAUGGACACUAGCACAUUGUUAAGUUCUCGGACACUUUCUGUGACAUCUCCACUUGGGCCAGGAAACAAUGGAAAGACUCCUGUGAAAAAGCCUUCCAUUGGACAGAAGAAGCCCCUUGAUGUGCUAGGUUCCUCACCUCCACCUUCGGGAAAGAAGCAAAAGGUGUCGGGAGGUUUUUUAGAUCAGAGCAUUGAACAACUUAAUGAUGUUACUGCUGUUAGUGGAGUUAAUCUAAGGGAAGAGGAAGAGCAACUGUUUUCUGGGCCCAAGGAGGACAGUCGAGUUUCUGAAGCAUCUCGUCGAGUUGUGCAAGAAGAAGAGGAAAGGCUGAUUUUGCAGAAAAUUCCACUUCAGAAGAAAUUGACAGAAAUCAUGGCAAAAUGUGGUUUAAAGAAUAUGAGCAGUGAUGUGGAACGAUGCUUGUCGUUGUGUGUGGAGGAAAGAAUGCGUGGACUCAUAAGUAGUCUCAUCAGACUGUCAAAACAGAGAGUUGACAUUGAGAAGUCAAGACACAGAACAAUUGUCACCUCAGAUGUUCGUGAAGAAAUCAUGUCAAUCAAUCGAAAAGCCCGGGAAGAAUGGGAAAAGAAACAGGCUGAUGUGGAAAAACUCCAAAAGGCAAAUGAACCUGAAGGUAGUAUUGGAGUUGACGGUGAUAAGGAGAAGGAUGAGGGUCGCGGGAAAUCAAUAAAGGUAAACAAGGACGAAGAUGAUAAGAUGCGAACUACAGCUGCAAAUGUUGCUGCUCGAGCUGCUGUUGGAGGGGAUGACAUGUUGUCAAAGUGGCAAUUAAUGGCUGAGCAGGCAAGACAAAAGCGUGAAGGGGGAGGUGAUGUGGCUUCUGGUUCACAGCCUGGUAAAGAUGUGACUAGGAAGAAUAUAUCAGCUCCCACAAGGAGCUCAAGGGACCCCCAAGAAGCUGAGAAAAGGAUCCAGUCAUCUGCAAUAGCCACACCUGGUGCUGUGAGAAGAGCCGGAAGAACUCAAGGGAUCAUAACACAAACUAGGAUUGCUCGCAGUAUUACUGUAAAAGAUGUGAUCGCCGUCCUAGAAAGAGAACCUCAAAUGUCUAAGUCUACACUGAUAUACCGCUUGUAUGAGAAAGCUCGGUCCAAUGCUUCAUCAGCUGAAUCAUCCUGAUUUCCAGAAGCAGCAUAAAUCUUGAACUAUAGACCUCUUUUUUUCCUUUUGAUAAGAAUUUGUAAAUCUUGUUUAUGAUCUGAAUGACAUAAACUAUUUACCCCAGUUUCAUGUUUGCUGAGAUUACUAGAUAACUUGUGCCCUUUACAAUCUGGAUGAUUGCAUGUAAAAGUUAAUUAGUUGGAUUAGAGUAGGUGAAAACUAUCAAGAUGUAAGAGUAUCUUUGUUAACUUAUUGUAGAACAAUUGUAUUCCCUUUUUAUCCCCAAAAAAGUUCACUUCAAUACAAGUUGAAUGAUGUAAAGGGGGA